AUGUUUUACAUUAUAGUAAUAUUCUCACUUUUUUUCUCAGCGUAUGCACAAAUUGACUCGAGACCAGUAAUUCAUUUACCACCGGCUGUCGCCGAGGUUGUGAAGCAAAUAACCGCGGACUGUUUGGCAGAGACAAAAGCUGAACCAGAAGUGGCGAAACGUUUCUUUGAGCUCAAAUUUGAUAAAGAUGAAAUAAGCAAAAAAUUUUUAUAUUGCCUUACCCGCAAAACCAAUUACGUGGAUGAAGAUGGCCACUUUAACGAUGGCCUCAUAACAUUGUUUGAUAGUAGCGAUCGUAAAGAAGAUGUUCAGAAGAGACCUGUUGUGCCCCUGCCCACUAUCGUCCUUAAUGAAGUAAAAAAAGCAGCAUCGGAGUGUAUUAAAGAAACUGGAGCCAACAAGGAGGUUGCCGAUAAUUUCUUUAACCUUAAUUUCAGUUCCGAUUUACCGAGUAAGAAGUUUUUGUACUGCCUCUGUCGCAAAACGAACUAUGGCGACGAAGAUGGCCAUUUAAACGACGGUCUACUAACUCUCUUCGGGGAAAGUGAUCGUAAAGACGACGUGCAGAAGGUUCUUGAAAGCUGCAACAAGACUAAAGGCAAGACUAACGUUGAUACCAUACAUCAAACGGUUAAAUGCUUUUACAAAAAUACCCCGGUGUUACUGGUAAUAUAA